AUGUACUUAAACGCAAAUAUCAGUCUCGGGUUGAAUUUAUCUGAUACCAGUGAAAACACUGCUGUCCCAAACAGCAUAAGUGUGGUCUCCUUCAUAGGAAUAUUUAUACUGUGUUUCUACAUCAUAGUGUAUUCUACAUCCACUGUGGGAAACUUUGUCGUUCUUUACAUUUGCCACAGAAGUGGACGAUCCGCGGCCUUUAAGCCAACGCGGACUGGAUUUUUCAAUCGUUACAUUGCCAAUCUUGCCAUUGCAGAUCUUCUUUUUACACAACUGACUGUUUUCGAUGCAGUUUAUGCGAUUCUUGCCGACUGGGUGUUUGGCGCGGCGAUGUGCAAGCUUCAAGGAUUUCUGGUCGAGCUAUGUUAUUCCGCGGCAAUUUUGACUUUGAUUGCCAUUAGCCGCGAAAGGCGAAAAUCUAUAUCCGACUUGGAAAUGAAAUCACGAAUCCAGCGAAUCAAGGAGAGAAAAAUUUUCUCGAUCAUUGCAUGGAUCGUGGCUUUUGUGCUCUGUUCGCCUCUUUUGUAUGCUUACAAUGUUGUAAAAACUGAAACAGAAAAUGGUAUCAGCCGAUGUAACAACAUUGCUUGGUUACAUAUUGGAAGGCGGAUUUAUUACAGUAUUACUAUAGUAAUACUGUUCGUUUUCCCGCUAACUAUCAUGAUCUGGACACAGCUAAAGAUCAAACGAGUUUUAAACGCGCAAGUAGUAGCAAACCAACAAAUCGCAGCAUUAACGCGAGCGCGCCAAAAGAAAGCCAGUCGAAUGCUUAGUUCUGUAACACUCGUUUUUUUCGUGUUGUGGUCGCCAUUUAUUUUGACUCGUACCCUUCGUUAUUUCGCGUGGUACGAAGGGGAAAUAAUGUGGAAACUUAGCCAGCUUUUAACUCUUGCCUCCUCGGCAGCAAACCCAUUUAUUUACAGUUUUUACAGUCUACAUUAUAGGAUUUUUAUUAAGAGGUUAAUCACCUGCCAAUGUCGACGCUUCAUGGCUAAAAGUGAAAAUGUACCUACUUCCACAGCUAUUUCCUUAUAUUGA